CUCCGGGUCCAGCUAACUUGGACAACAUGCCGCUCUGUAACAGACUCCUCACAUUGCUGCAACUUUCACUCCGUCAGCCUGCACUGAAAUUAUGACGUUUCCUCCACACAAACGCCAUAUGGUCGACGACGCUGAGUCCUGAAACCUGAGAUGUGGUCGGGACUCACCUGAGCUGCCCAAAGGUUCAGAAGAAACCUUAACUUCCAAACAAGCGUCUUUUUGUGGCGUAUAACCCUGGAUUUGGUUAAAAUGGGUGUGCUGCUGUGGACGAACUGCGUUUUCUUGCUGGCGUGUUGCUCUGGAUUAGGGUUCGGCAGCCCCAACAUAUGCGAUGAAGUGCGGAAAGUUUUCCAACUCAAACAAAUUGGACCAAAUCAAUUAUUGCCUUUGAGCCCCAGACCAGGUUCAGACCUUCAGGUGUGCAUAUCCAAGAACCUGACCUGCUGCACCAAAAAGAUGGAGGAGAAGUACCAGGUGGCAGCCCGGAGAGACAUCCAAAACCUCCUGCAGACGUCCAGCUCCAGCCUCAAGUUCCUCAUAUCGCGCAAUGUGGCAGCUUUUCAAGAGACCUUUGAGUCUCUGAUUUGGCAGGCUGAGAAUCACACCAAUGUGGUUCUCCAGGCGUCGUACCGCAGCAUGGCUGAUCAGGCUGUUGGCCCGGUUCGGGAACUCUUCACAGACAUCAGUCUCUUCCUGCUGGGGUCUGAGCUCAGCGUUGAUGACUUGGUGCAGCGAUUCUUUGACGCACUCUUCCCACUGGUCUACAAUCACCUCAUCAACCCUGGCCUCAGCGACAUAUCACCGAGCUACGCUGAGUGCGUGAGAUCGUCCAGGCGAGAUGUGAGACCGUUUGCCGCAGCGCCCGGCCUCCUGGCUGACCAAAUUGCUCGCUCUGGGGUGUCUGGAAAACUGCUGAUUCAGGCACUGCACCUGGGCAUUGAAGUCAUUAAUACAACAGACCACUUACAGCUGAGCCGCGAGUGCAGACGGGCCCUGCUCAAGAUGCACUACUGUCCUCAUUGCCAGGGCUUAACCCAGUCCAAGCCCUGCAUGGGUUACUGCCUCAACGUGAUGCGAGGCUGUUUGGCAAGCAUGGCAGAGAUCGACAGCCACUGGAGAGAGUUCGUCCACUCGCUGGAGGGCCUGUCAGCACGGAUGCAAGGGCCUCAGGAUUUGGAGCAAGUGCUUCUGGGAGUUCACACGCUGCUUCAUGAUGCUGUCGGACAUGCCCAGAAAAAUGGGCCUCGCCUCUCUGCACAGGUGCACAAACUGUGUGGCACACCGAGCAGAAGGCCUGCGCAGUCAGUCAGCCUCCAGCACAGCAGCCGGGACUCAAUCCCUCUUAAAGCUGCUCUCAGUGGAUCCGGGGACUCGCUGGCUGUGAGGAGGAGGGACUUUCUAAACAGCUUACGCCUCUACCGUACGUUCUACGGUGGCCUGGCCGAUCAGCUGUGUGUGAGUGAGCUGGCCUCCGGUGACGGGCAGGCCUGCUGGAAUGGAACCGACAUCGUAAAAAGCUACACCCUCCGUGUGGUCGGCAACGGGAUCAAGGCUCAGAGCGCUAACCCUGAGGUCAAAGUGAAGGUAGCAGACCCUGUCAUAAAUCAGAUCAUCGACAAACUCAAACACAUUAACCAGCUGUUGCAAGGGAAGUCCAUUCCUAAACUGGGGUCACUGGACCAGAUAGAAACAGGAAGUGGAGACGCAGAUGGACGCUACAGCGGCGACUGUGAUGAUGAGGACGGCUGCGGUGGUUCGGGGGGCGACGAGGUGAAGAGGAAAGUCCCCAGAGUCUCCAAAUGUAAGUCUGAUCUUUCUGUGAUUUUAUUGAAGAAUAAACCAGUUAACCUUACCACGUGA